AUGCGAUCAAUCGCAUCUCUGGCUGCGAUCAGCCUUGCCUUUGCUGGCCUUUCCUCAGCAAGCGACGUCCAUGAUCUGAAGACAGACAACUUCAAAGAUUUCAUCUCCGAACAUGACUUGGUCCUGGCAGAGUUCUUUGCUCCAUGGUGCGGCCACUGCAAAGCGCUGGCACCCGAGUAUGAAGAGGCCGCAGCCACACUGAAAGAGAAGAACAUCCCUCUUGUGAAAGUCGACUGCACGGCUGAGGGUGAUCUGUGUAAGGACUAUGGUGUCGAGGGCUAUCCUACCGUCAAGGUCUUCCGGGGCUUGGACAACAUCAAGCCUUAUCCUGGUGCCAGGAAGGCGCCUGCGAUUGUCUCAUAUAUGACCAAGCAGCAACUACCUGCCAUCUCCACCCUCAGCCCCGAUACCCUCGAGGAGUUCAAGACUACAGACAAAGUUGUCAUCGUCGCGUACAUUGCAGCCGACGACAAAGCAUCAAACCAGACAUUUACCUCUCUCGCCGAGUCGCUAAGGGAUGAAUACAUUUUCGGAGCCUCGAACGAUGCCGCACUUGCCAAGGCAGAAGGCAUCAAGCAACCUGCUAUCGUGCUCUACAAGGAUUUCGAUGAGGGCAAGAACACAUUCACCGAGUCGUUUGAUGAGGAGGCCAUCUCGAAAUUCAUCAAGACCGCCUCGACGCCUUUGGUUGGUGAAGUUGGCCCGGAAACCUAUGCUGGCUACAUGGGUGCCGGUAUCCCUCUCGCCUACAUCUUCGCUGAAACCCCGGAAGAACGAUCGUCUCUGGCUGAAGCACUUAGGCCAGUCGCUGAGAAAUACAAAGGUGUCAUCAACUUCGCAACCAUCGAUGCCAAAGCUUUCGGUGCUCAUGCUGGCAACUUGAACCUGCCAACUGACAAAUUCCCUUCCUUCGCCAUCCAAGAGACAGUGAAGAAUGAGAAAUACCCAUUCGCUGGUAACGACCUGAGCGAGAAACAGAUUGGUGCUUUCGUCAAGGACUUCGUCAAUGGCAAACUUGAACCCAGCAUCAAAUCCGAGCCCAUUCCAGAGAAACAGGAAGGCCCUGUAACCGUCGUUGUUGCCCAUUCGUACAGGGAUAUCGUCCUCGAUGACUCCAAAGACGUGCUAAUCGAGUUCUACGCUCCUUGGUGCGGACACUGCAAAGCCCUUGCCCCGACUUAUGAGAAGCUCGCAGAGCUCUACACCUCCAGCGAACUUUCCUCUAAGGUCACCGUCGCCAAGAUCGAUGCCACCCUCAACGACGUUCCCGAUGAGAUUGCUGGCUUCCCCACCAUCAAGCUGUACCCUGCUGGUGCCAAGGACUCUCCUGUUGAUUACUCAGGUUCCCGCACGAUGGAAGACCUUGCGGCUUUUAUCCGUGACAACGGCAAACACGGAGUUGAUGGUAUCGCUCUGUCGAAGAGUGACGAGGAUGUCGAUAUGGAAGACGUUUCAUCUACUGUCAGCGACAGCUUGGCGAAAGCUGCUCCGGCUGCUACUACUGUGGCUGAAGAAGUGUCCUCGGGAGCUGCUGAUGCUGUCAAGAGUGUAGUUAGUGAGGCUGCAGAGGCAGCCAAGACGAUGCUCGCAGAUACUGAUGACGGUGGUGUCCAGGAGCAUGAUGAGCUGUAA